AUGCAAGAAGAUUCAAAAUUACAAUUCCAAAAGAAAUGGCUUUUAACCCCGUUAAGUUUUCAUCAAUUGACAAGUUUUGAUGCUCAUUUAAUUCCAGGAACUGGGUUAUUCAUGAUUCAAUUUUCAGCAAAAGUUAAAUUUGAUCAACUGGGGAAAAACCGAUUAGGUGAAUCUGCUGAUUUAAUUCAUCCUCAAGAAAGUAUUUUAAAUAAAUCUUCAACUUCUCAAAGAGCUGUUUGGGGUAGUUGGUUUGGUAUCAAUGGGAAUGUAAUCAUUGAUGAAAAUUUUAAUGAAAAUGGUAUUGGUGAAUUCAUAAACAGUUUGGAUUAUAGAUUUACUUAUAUUCCCCAAGAUUCUAUUAUAAAAUUCUAA